AUGCAGGUCCACAUCUUGUUUCUGUUCACCAUGGUCUUUCUCCUAAACCCUGCAACUUGGGCUGGUGAGAUCAUUGAGGGAAGAGAAGCCUGGCCCCACUCCAGGCCCUACAUGGCCCAUCUGCGUAUACAACAUGGAAAGAAAAUUUUGGGCUGCGGUGGGUUCCUGGUGGAAGAGAGCUUUGUGCUGACGGCUGCUCACUGCUGGGGGGAGGAAAUCAAUGUCACCUUGGGAGCCCACAAGAUUAAGGACAAGGAAAGGACCCAGCAGAAAAUCACAGUGAGACAACAGAUCCCACACCCAGAAUAUGACGACAAAACUCUUAACAACGACAUCAUGCUGCUAAAGGGUGACUCCGGCGGCCCUCUGGUGUGUGGGGGUAAGGCCCAGGGCAUCGUGUCCUGGGGGCCUGACACCCCCCCGGGCGUGUACACGAGAGUCUCCACUUUCAUCGAUUGGAUCCACAAGAAAAUGCGUCGGCCGCAGCCCUAA